GCCGUGAGGGCUCGGCUUCCGCCGUUCCGGAUCCGCCACCGGGCAGCGUGGUUGGUGACAAGGCCCCGGCGGUGGACGGGGAAAGGGGACCUUGGCGGGGUGGACCUCGUAGGCUCAGAGUGUCCCGCACGCCCCGGGAGGCUGGUGGGCUUGCGCGCGUGCGCGAUCAGUCAACGCUGAGACGCGUGUGCACAGGCCUUUGCCGCCUCCGCGCCCCACGCCGUCGGUUUGCUGCGCACGCGUGUACCCUGCUUUCUCAUUCCGGAAACCCCGUGAUUUCCAGUAGCUUCCGGUUGUCUGUUCCGGGUCAUCACAGUCCCCUGCCUCAGGGUUUUCUGUUCACCAUCUUUACAGCAGAGCCCUGAAGAGCCCGGCACAGUUACUCCUUGCGUGGUCGUGGAGGAAGCUGACUCUAUCUGGCGCUCUGGACUCCACUUCUGGGCCUGGCAGUACCCACAAGUAUCCCAGGACAGACCCCUGUCCCGUGGAAGCUGACGGAUGACGCUCCAGUCCCAUCUCUGUCUCCCGCAGUUGAGCCCCGCUGAGGAUGGAGCCCACCUCUGGCCUGGCAGAGCAGCCUGGGCCCGAGAAGGCUGGAAGUGAGGAACAAGAGCCUGCGCAAUGGCAAGCCCUCCCCGUCCUGUCGGAGCAGCAGUCCGGAGCCGUGGAGCUGGUGCUGGCCUACGCAGCUCCUGUCCUGGACAAACGCCAGACGUCCCGCCUUCUCCGGGAGGUGUCCGCUGUUUAUCCACUUCCCGCCCAGCCCCACCUCAAGCGGGUGCGCCCCAGCCGCAGUGCCGGCGGCGCCCAUGCAUCGGAUCUGUUGCUGUGCCUGGCAGGCCCCUCUGCUGGCCCGCGCUCGCUGGCUGAGCUCCUCCCCAGGCCGGCCGUGGACCCCCGUGGCCUGGGUACACCUUUCCUGGUGCCUGUGCCCGCCCGGCCACCCCUCACCCGGAGCCAGUUUGAGGAGGCACGAGCCCAUUGGCCCACAUCCUUCCAUGAGGAUAAGCAGGUGACCAGCGCGCUGGCGGGGCAGCUCUUCUCCACGCAGGCGCGAGCCGCCAUGCAGAGCCACAUGGAGCGGGCGGUGUGUGCCGCCCAGCGGGCAGCUGCCCAGGGCCUGCGGGCGGUGGGCGCCGUUGUGGUGGACCCAGCCUCGGACCACGUGUUGGCCACAGGCCAUGACUGCAGCAGCGUGGACAGCCCCCUGCUGCAUGCCGUCAUGGUGUGCAUCGACCUGGUGGCCCAGGGCCAGGGCCGGGGCUCCUGCGACCUCCGAGGCCACCCAGCGUGCACCUUCACCCAGGCUACCACUGCCCAGGGUGCCCGCGCCGGCAGCGUGCGCAAGCUGGAGGAGAACGAGGACGGCCUGCCCUACGUGUGCACCGGCUAUGACCUGUAUGUCACCCGAGAGCCCUGCGUUAUGUGCGCCAUGGCCCUCGUCCACGCCCGCAUCCAGCGAGUCUUCUAUGGGGCCCCCUCACCCGAUGGCGCCUUGGGCACGCGCUUCCGCGUCCAUGCGCGGCCAGACCUCAACCACCGCUUCCAGGUGUUCCGCGGCAUCCUGGAGGACCAGUGCCGCCCGCUCGACCCUGACCCGUAGGCCCGCUGACCUGCCUCUGGACCGUUCUCUGCUCCUGGCCAGCCCGCGUCCCCUGCAGCUCCAUGGCCCUGGACACCGGGGCCCACCCUCUGGGUCUCAGGACACCGACCACCUGUGUCAGCAUGUGGGCCUCUUGUCUGCUGCCUGCUGGGACUGUGGGGCUCAGCUCCCCUUACAUGCCCAGUGGCUGUCUUACAGCCCCCGUGGUCCUCCAGGCUCGGGCAGGGAGCAGCCAUUGUGUGUGAAAAUAAAGCACCUCAAACUAAGUUCCCGUCUGCACUGAGGUGCCAGGCUGGGUUGGGUAUCCGAGCCAGGCUGUGUGGCUUGAGUGGGGAGGGCAGCCCUGCUGAGUGCAGACGGCUCUGGGUGUUUGCAGGGCGGUCCCUCCCCCGUCCUGGAGGCCAGCCAGGAGGUUCCAGCUUUGUCUGAGCCUGUUGGCUUGCGGUUGGGUUACCCGCAGGCUGUCCGUGGCCAUUCCAUGUCCCUCUCUGAUGGGAGGCAGGGGCUCCAGAAGGAUCAGGCUGAGUGUGGUGGGGUGCUAGGCCUUGAAGCAGGAUGCUGGGGCUUCUGACGUGUGCUGCUUGCCUGGCAACGCUGCUUCUGAGGGCCGUCUGACCGUAGGGAUCCCCGCCAUCCCAGUCUGAUGGGACAUGGGGUUUUGCUAGCGGUGCUGGCUGUGCAGCUGCCUGCCUCAGGCAGGAAAGGCCAGGCCUGGGUGGGUGGACACCUCAGAGAGCGACCAGGCAGAUACGGACAGAGAAAGUGUGGCCCAGCCUAGAGCAAAAGCGGGACUUGGGUUCCAGCCCGCAUCUUCAUGUGGUCUUCCAGCCUUUCUCCUCUGAGGGAAACCAGGGCUCUUCCUGGAAGCCAGGCUUCUGCGGCUUCACUGGAGUGACCAGUAGGCAGGGUGGGGCAGAGAGAGGCUCACAGCCUUGCCUGAGCACUCUGAGGGCCUGUGGCCAUGUCCUGAAGGUGGCACCUAGGGUCACAGGUACUGCUGGGUGCCCCUGGGGCUGUGCCAGGCUGCCUGUGAGAUCCCGGGGGUGAGUUCCGUACCCACAGCCGCUGUGACCUGGCUGCUGUCACAUGGCAGGGAGCUCUCUUUGGGGUGAUUCGAUGGGGAGGGGAACACUAAGGGAUGUUACUAGAGCCAUCAAUGGGGGCACAAGACCAGGACAUCCUGUUCCAAGGCUGUGGGUGGAGUCAGCUGGUGGCCCGACCCGUCCCCUUUGGACUGCUCUGAGAAGUGACGAGAGGCUGAGCCAGCAGCCAAGCUGGUUGGCUUGUCCAGCAGAGCCUGCAGCCAUGGGCCGGGCCAGGGUCAUCGUGCUCCCAGCAGCUCCAGUCCCCUGACACUAGUCUCCUUUCAGGUGGGCCAUUGUGCCUGGGUGCCAGGCCAGCCAGUACAGAAAUGGCAGAGCCAACAGCUCCUUUUAACUUCACGACAUUCGUCUUUGGAGCCCAGUUUGUGCUGGCCGUCAUCCAGGCCAUCGGCUUCUUGGCCCGGGGCGCACGGUAAGAAGAUGGAGGCUGUGCUUCCUCUGCGGGCCUUUGUGUGAGGGUCUCUACCACCAUGGGUCCAGGGCUGUCAGGCCCCAGGGACCGGAGGAGCCUGGGCCUUGGGCCACCGGCAGAGCACGCUGUCGAGCUGCCCCCAGCCCUGCGAGGCCAGCGCCACUUUUCAGGUUGAGGGAGAACCAUCCUGCCAUGCUGCCCAAGCCCGCCUUGAACAGACACCUGUGUCUGUUGCCAGUGUCUUGUUCCUUGGCUGCUCUGUAACCUGGUACUUAGACUACGCCUGCCUGGAACUCACAGAGCUUUGCCUCCCUGACUCCUGAGUGCUGCCAUAAAGGCCUGGCCUGUUCCACCAUG